CGAUUUGUCCGCGGGCGGAUGCUCUGGGAGGAGUUUGGUCGGAGCAAGACAGACAGAUGAUGGAAGAAGCAAUCGGCCCACUUUUCUGGAAAGUUCUUUUAGGGUGGGUUGCGGGAGGGGCCGUUCCCGCUAUAAAAAGGACGGCGCGCCGAUCCCAACGAAAGCGCAAAGCGGUUGUUUUUUAGUUGUUUUAAGUCCUCCUCGGCCGCCUUUGCAUCCCCCCCGCCCUCUCCCGGCUCUCUCUGUGAGUCCUCGCGUCUCGCUUCGCCUCCCGCACACAAAAAAAACCAAAAUCGCCCGCCCUUGUUGCUCCUCUCUCCUCCCUCCAUUCCUUAGGCGCCUUCGUUCUGCGUGGUCCUUGCCGGCGCCUAAACCCCAACAGCCGCCGCCACAAACCCACCCGCAGGCAAAACGAACCACCCGCCGCUGCUCGAAGCAAGAAAGAGAUGGCCUCCACGCUCCGCAUGCUGCUGCUGGCAGCGCUGGCUUCCGGGGCGCUCGCCGCCGCCGCUGCCGCCGACGGCAAAAAGGCGACGGUGUCCAAGGCGGACGCGGCGGCCGCCAACAACGCCACGGCGCCGCCCAAGAACCUGAGCGAGCACGCCAAGAAAGUGGGCGAGGGCAACUGGGCCUUCGCCAUCGACCUCUACCAAAGCGUGGCGAAGGCCGUGCCGGCCAUGGAGAACGUUGUCCUCUCACCCGUGCUGGUCGCAUCGGCGCUGGGAGCGGCUCAGCUCGGAGCCUCCUCGGGCACGGCGUCGCGGCUGCUGAAGGCCAUCAACCCGUCGGGCCUGCCCGGCGAGGGCUUCCACUCGGGCCUGGCCGAGGUCCUGGGGGACUUGGCCUCGCAGGAGGAGGAGGCCGCCGCCGCCGCGGCCACCUGGAGGAACCACACGUGGAAGGCGGCGUCGCGCGUCUACGCGCCGAGCGGCGUGACCUUCAGCCAGGGCUUUGUGAGCUCCAGCAAGGCCCGCUACGGCCUGCAGCACGACAAGGUGAACCUCAAGGACAAGCGCGGCGCCCUGAAGGCCCUCAACGAGUGGGCCGCGCAGAACACCGGCGGCAAGGUCAAAGAAGUGGCCAAGGAGCUGGACGGCGCGGACGGGGCGGUCUUCGUCAAUGCGCUCUUCUUCAAGGGCCGCUGGAAUGAGAAGUUCCACCACCAGAUGGUGGACACCCGCGGCUUCCUAACCAGCCGCUCCCACACCAUCUCCAUCCAGAUGAUGCAUCGCACAGGCUUCUACAACUUCUACCACGACGAGAAGGCGCAGGUGCAGCUGCUGGAGAUGCAGCUCAAGGGCAACCUGGAGAGCCUGCUGAUCGCCCUGCCACUGCACACGGAGUCCCUGGAACGCCUCGAGAAGCUCCUCACCAAGCAGCAGCUCGAGGAGUGGACCUCCAAGCUGCAGAAGAAGACCAUCGCCGUCUCCAUGCCCAAGGGCUUGCUGCAAGGCUCUGCUGACAUCAAGAACUCUCUGGCCGACCUGGGCCUGGCGGAGGUCGGCGACAAGGCGAAGGCCGACUUCUCGGGGAUGACCGGCGGCCGGGAGCUGCACCUGGGCUCGCUGCUCCACACGGCGGCGCUGGAGUUCGACACAGAGGGGGAGGAGUACGACAUGUCCGUGCACGGGCACCCCGACAUGCGCAACCCGCACCUCUUCUACAUCGACCACCCCUUUUUCUUCCUGGUGCGCGACGCACGAUCCGGCGCCACGCUGCUCAUCGGCCGAUGCAUGCGGCCGAUGGGCUCCGGGCGGCACGACGAGCUCUAGGCGCGGCUGGGACGGUUCCCCCUUGCCCCUGCCCGCCCGCCCGCUCCUCCAUCGGCCUGCCUGUGCCUUCCGGCUUCCCGCUCGUUCGUCGGCCCACCCGCUCCUGCGCCCUCCUCCGUCUCGAGCUUCUGUCAGGCGGGGGAUCGGGCAACCUACUUCCCUUGAGCCUGACAGGGCCCGCUACUUCAUUGAAUACGAUCCACAUGCCGGAUAUGACACGCACAACUGCAUUUCAACGCAGUCUGCGACUUAAUUUCAUACGGCCCAUAGUUUAAGUAUGCAUGGCACGCUAAUUAAUUUAAAUACGGCCUGAGGCCCGUGGCUUUUUUAGGCCACUCAAAAAGAGCCGGGGAAAUUAUAUUUAUCCGUCACUGCAAGCAUCUGAGCUGCACUAAUCGGGUACUAGAGGGCAGUUUACAUAUGCAUAUUUUCCCUGGCAACAACACUGUGCUUCUUAUUUUAUCGUGCCCAGCCACUUUUGUCACUGCAUGCGGCUUCUUUAUACUCGGUCGAAUCACGCACGUUAUCUUUCACGUUACUAUCGAACGACGCCAAGGAUCUGCGUUAAUGUGCGGCCCCCGCCCGAGUUAUAAUUUAAGGUCGUUGCCCGCGCCGGUGAGCGCCAGCACAAAGGCGCCGUAGUUUGCGCGUAGGAGGAAUGACGAGGUUGGGGUGGCAAGAGUGCGUCGCGACCAUGCCACCGACGACUUCCAUGGCUCCGUCCGUGGCUCCGCUUAAUUGGGCCGGCUGUUACGAGCGCGUCUUCUUGCAAUAGGCCGCCAUGCUUACCUCCGGGAGAAUGCUUUAAUUCCCACUACUGUAUUUCUCAAUAUUUGAGAUUGUAAUGCCUGAUGGAGCAAAAGCUGUAUCGUGCUAUCGGAGGACAAGCCAAUGUGUGAAUGCCUGCAGCACACACAAUUUUUUUUUUCCUAUAACGGUUCUCAAUCAUUGCUUCGAUCAUUUGGACAAUUGUUUAAAGAAUCCACGUCUAAGCGAGCAGUUGUGCAAUCCUGUUGCACGCAACCGAUCUGCUUGUAAGCGGACGUCUCUGCAACCCAUAGUGGACGGACUCCACUUGAAAGCAUUGAUCUGCUCGGCGAUUCAUCACCACGUGAUGCAUUUGCACGCCUGUGGUUGGUUGUUACAAUCCUGUUAUGUGGGGGAGGGCAGCCAGAAAGGGGGGUGGGGUUAUGCUAAUAUUGUGGGCGUGGUUAGAGCAUCUGGUGACGCCCAAACGUAUCAUCAUUGCCCAACUCGUCGCUCAGAUCUGGACAAAGUAACAUUUAACCUUUUUUAAAGAAUUUUUAACCCCCCCCAACCCCACAACACGGCACGGUAUAUAAACGGCGAGCCAUGCUCACGUGUUAAAAACUCCCUCCGCCACCUACCAAUAUGCAAGCUUUUAAAAUCAAAACUUCUAUUACAUUAAGCACAGCCUUUUGACAAUCGUUGGCCGAAUAUAAACGGUCAAACAGCAAGCCUUGCUCCGUGACGGCACAGCUGCGUGUGAAUGGGCGAGUGUGGUGGACGCUGGGGAGUGGAACGAUUUUUAUUGAACUGUCGCAUGUGUGUGCGUGCACCGUGCUGGCCUUCAUAGGUGUUGCUCGCUAACAGCACUUUCCCCAAAAAGUAUGUUAUGGCUACUCGGGGAAUCUUUGUCUUUGUGUUUAUAUUGGCUGCAGGGGUAUCGUAUACUUGUUACUGCAUAAGGCAAUGAACAAACGUCAUUGCUUGCAUACGCAGCUCCACGUGGGCAUCGUGAACUUACGAAUCAAUCGAUGCAUCGUCAUUCCGCCCCAAGUGGUCACGUAGAUUUUAGUGUAGUUUAGAUGUUUUUUUAUUAACCGACUAAAAAGUCAUAAGGUUCACAAGUUUGAGUGCAACUAACCUCACUUAUCCACGAGCUUUGCAAUCGUAACCGAAACAAAUACAAUCGUUCCGUACUUGACACGGUCACAUUUCGUCGCUUCAACUUGGGGGGGGGGGGCCCUUGGUGGGUGCUGUGCAUUUGGGUGGCGGCGAGCGCUCCCACCUCUGUGCAGAGUCACGUCUUGCGCGUAGCGCCCCGGUCUCAAACACUCGUGUGUGUGCGCGCGCAAUCCUUUCUCCUACGACGAACUCCCGCUCCCAUGACAUUGUAAUAUUUUGGUGCUAUUCACGUAACGCGGUAGGGAGCUGUUCCCCAUUUUAGGAUGAAUUCGGGAAAAUCCCAAAGAUCGGGCAGAGAUGUAUGAAAUUUCGGAUGAACCAAAUAAAAAAAAUCAGUUUAGCACGUAGGCUUUCGCGACCAAUA